AUGAUGUUCGGAAUAAAGAUAUUUCUUAUGAGUGUUGCCACACUACAUGUUACAGUUCAGGGAAGACAAGCUGUUACUGAAAGGACGGAAGAUGUCCACUACGAUACGGUUUACAUUAGCCACGAUGGACCGGUUUCCAGAUCGAAAAGAUCAACUCAGAUGCCUCAUACAAUGUUCUUUGACAUCAAGUCGCACAAAACGGAUAUCAAAUUACGUUUAAAAAGGGCACCGAAAUUGGAUAUACCUACUUAUAUGCUAACAAAUGGUACCGUUGAAAGGGUAUAUAUACCCGACUACCAGAAACAUGGUGUGUAUAUAAGUUAUGAUACAGGAAAAGCUGUUAUGGUAUCAGAGAAAGGUGGUUAUUAUGAUGUGGAAGGAGAAGUGGUUGUAAACAACCAAAAUCUUCAAGUCACAUCUCUCGGUGGAGGACGCCAUAAUCUGUUUGCAGUUGGACCUAUUAGCUAUGGAAAAGAUUAUCGAAAUGCAGAUAAAUCUAAUAAUCUAAAGCCCAAGAUCUCUGUCCGUAAGGCUGCUCGUAGAUUAAGGAAAGGACGUAGAAACCGAAGUAAAAGACAGGUGACUCAAUAUGUCACUGAACUGUUGAUAAUUACUGAUACAUCUGUUAGAAACAAGUUUAUUGCUAGAAACGGUGAUCUAGCCAUAGCUGAUGCUGAAUUAAAGACAUAUUAUGCAUUAAUAAUUCUUGGGAUGACUGAAAGAUACCAAAGUAUAUCUCUGUUUUAUCCUGAUGUAUCGUAUGUUGUAGAAGGUAGCGGCAUUGUUAUACCUGCAACGAUAAACGACGUACCGUUCUACAGAGAUAAUCAAAAUAAUGGUUUGGUACAAUUUGAUCCAGCUUUAGAUGCAUUCACUGAUUGGGUUAACCUCAACAAAGACACUUUACCCAAACACGAUCAUGCUAUGUGGUUUACAAAUGAUCAGUUGGCAUCCGGCACAUCUACAUCAGUAAUUGGCGUAGCAUGGUUAAAUGGUGUGUGUAGAAAUUUAGGAACGUCGAUUGUUGAAGACUUUUAUUCUGGUGGAACAACCUCUACUGCUACCCAUGAACUAGGUCACAGCUUAGCAGCAUAUCAUGACGGUGAUUUUCGAGAAUGUUCAAAUAAUGACUACUAUGUAAUGGCGGCAUUUGCAUUCAUUCCAAUUGGUACUCAGGGAUCUAACCCCUGGUUCUUCUCAUACUGUUCAUCUGUGUAUAUAGUAUACUAUACUGAACAAACGAAUCAAUGUUUGACAACUGAUGAUAACGGUAUAACAUCACCAUCAACAACUGAAGUAGCUGGUCAAUAUAUUGAUGCCGAUGAACAGUGUCGUUUAGCUUUCUCCUCAUCUAGUUCUUAUUUCUGUAGAAACAGACAAAGGACAGAAUUGGGAUUUCCAUCAAUGUGUAACAGAUUGUAUUGUUACAAUCCACAAAAUGCAGACUGUGAAUACAUCGGAUCCAUGGAUUUUACUUCUUGUGGCAGUGGACAGUGGUGUGAAAAGGGUGAGUGUGUAGCUGCUGCUUCUGCACCGCAAACAGCAAUGUGCAUCACAUAUGUCAUAUCAAUGUGUGCGAUGUUUUCCAUCACUGCACCUCUUUUGAAAAUAAGAAUGUAG